AUAAACGCAGCCUUUAUUGGACAGCUGGCAUGCUACGGAAGUGUCUCCGUGUGUGCGGCCCUGCAGCUCCCUGUCCCGGGUGUACGACUUCACAAAUUUGGCUAAAAACAGGUGGAUGACAACAAUUUCCAUUGCAUGCAGUUAGGUAUCACUUUCGCUGAUUGUAGUCAGAGAUGGGAGCGAACAAUAGCACCCGCCGCGUCUCCUUUGAGUCGGAUGAAAAUGACAACAUCACGGUUGUGAAGGGCAUAAGGCUCUCUGAGAAUGUCAUCAACCGAAUGAGGGAGCCCAUAGCUCCCCUUCUUCCCCCCUCCCUUCCACAGGUCCCACCCCCUGUUGCUGCUCCCUCCCCCCUCAUUCCAGUGCCUCCCCUCAGACCCCCCUUCGAUCCCAUCACCUCGCUUCCACCCAUAGAACCCAUCGCACUACCACCUCAACCUCCUGCACCUGUCACUGAAGUAGUGGCCCCACCUCCACUUCCACCCUCCAUGGAACAGGUAGCAGCUCCGACCAUCAUUGACAUGGUGAUCCCACCUCCUACCCUAGCUGCUUUAAAGCCUGUGGCGUCCCCUCAACCACCUGCAUCUGUUGAGCAGCCUGCAGUCAAACCCAUCGCUCCGCCUCCUCCCCCAGCUGAAUUAAUUGCUCCUCCCCCUUGUGAACCCAUUGCCCCUCCUCCUCAGCCCCCAGUGGAAGCUUUUGCUCCUCCUCCUGCCCCAGAACCAGUGGAAGUUGUUGGCCCCCCUCUUCCUCCUCCCACCCUAGAGCCAGAACCAGUGGCUGCAGCACCUCCAGCAGCACAUGCAGUUGAUGAAGAGGAGCUGAGGAAGAAGAUCACAGAGGAUCUGCAGAAAGGCCUGUUGAAGGAGAGGGCGAAGGCUGAGCAGGAGCUGCAAGCAUGGCUGGAGGAGGAGAAGGUCCAUGCUGCAUCCUUUGCUGAGGCUGAGGCCCAGGCCAGUGUGAAGGAUGAGGUGGGUCGUAUCCUGGAGCUGGAGAGAGCCACGACCCAUAAUACCCUGACGCAGGCUGUCAUGAGGGAGAAGGUCAGCGCUGAGGACGAGAGGCUACGCACCCAGCUUUACGCCAAGCAGCUGGAGCUCAGAGACCAGGAACUGAAGAAACAGGAUGCCUUCUACAGGGAACAGGUUGCCAGGCUGGAGGACAGGAGUGCUCAGUUCUACAAGAUGACCACAGAGAACUACCACAAGGCUGCCGACGGAAUCAACGCAAAGUUUAAGCGGUUUGAGGCGAGUCCAGUGUGUGCUGAUCUGCAGGGGCAGAUCCUGAAGUGCUACCAGGAACACAGUGGGAAGACGCUGCUCUGCUCCACCAUCGCCUCCCGCUACCUGCAGUGUGUUAACCAAGCUAAACAGAAUGGCAAUAAUGAUCUUGCCCCGCUAUGGGCAACCGCUACAGACAUUAGAAAAACAAGUUGAGGACUGGGGGCUAAGAGAUCGCAACCCCGAGUCGAGGUAGAAACAGAACCGCAACCUGACCUGAACCAGGAACACAAGACAAACAGACAACCCUGAGAGAGAGAUGGACACCCCUUAGCCCAACACCCCCACUGACCCCCAAACCCUUUACUCCUUUGUAAGAUCCCACCUACAGUACCUACACCCCUUCUCCCCCACCCCACUCCACUGCAUGUCUAUCUCUACUACCACGAGGGAGGAGGACAACGGUAGCACUUCCUAAAGAGUACAGCGCAGUAGCUCCAUGACACAGCAGCAGUAGGAGAAGUGCAACUGUCCGCCAUGUUGGAGACGCAUGAAUACAUGCAGUGGCGGAGAGUUUAAGCCUAGGCGGAGUCCACCAGAACCAAUGCAGGCCCAGCGCUGAAGAUAUCCUCACGGACUGAACCACUAUCAUUACCAACACGCACCACCACCCAACCAGCUCACCCCUCUUACAAAGCCAGUAGUCCGCCCCAUCACCACACCCUCUAUCAUAAACCUACAUGAUCACAUGACUUCUAUCCGCCAGGCUUCACCCUACUGUAUCCCUCUAUCCACUAUAUAAACCUACAUGAUCACAUGACUUCUAUCCACCAGGCUUCACCCUACUAUAUCCCUCUAUCCACUAUAUAAACCUACAUGAUCACAUGACUUCUAUCCACCAGGCUUCACCCUACUGUAUCCCUCUAUCCACUAUAUAAACCUUCAUGAUCACAUGACUUCUAUCCACCAGGCUUCACCCUACUGUAUCCCUCUAUCCACUAUAUAAACCUACAUGAUCACAUGACUUCUAUCCACCAGGCUUCACCCUACUGUAUCCCUCUAUCCACUAUAUAAACCUUCAUGAUCACAUGACUUCUAUCCACCAGGCUUCACCCUACUGUAUCCCUCUAUCCACUAUAUAAACCUUCAUGAUCACAUGACUUCUAUCCACCAGGCUUCACCCUACUGUAUCCCUGUGCACUGUCCUGCACACACACCGUUGUGUCUGAGCGUUGUGUGUGUUCCAGUGUGUUAAUAAUGCAUCUGCUUGUUUUGUUUUCAUCCCAACCGUGUCACAAUCACUUCUGACAGAGGAAAUUAAAGAAUGAUACCGGAAUUGA